CUUUUGGCAACGCUGCUUGUGAGUGUUCCUCAUUCAGUGUCGGAGAAUCUGCGAGCGCCUCGAACCAGGCAAGGACGAGGAGGCAAAGAAGAGAAGGACUUUUGCCUUGAUCUCCCGAUGGACCUCUGCCUCGGAUCAGGCACCGCUCGCCACGAGCACUUCGCUAAAUUUGCUUUGUACUCUUACUGUGCUAACGAGAGCGGGAUUCAAGAAACUCUUCCCCGAUGCAAAAUAAGAGAAAAGGGGACGAAAGAAAGACGGAGGAAAAACGAAGAAAUAGGUGAAGAAAAACACGGAGACCGGACUGCUAUUUCCUUCUAACCACCAGACGAGAGAAUUGUUCCUUUGUGGGCCGUCAUGCUACGAAGUGAAAGGUUCGCACUGAAAUGUCACGCAAGGAAUUCUUAGCCAUUAGUCACAGAAAUCCAAAAUUCGCAAUACGUUUCAAGAAGCCGUGUACGUGCAUAACGUGCCAAGCAUCAUGAAGGGCAGCCCGCGGUCCCGUCGUCUUGCCGAUUGCCUCCUCCAGCUCGCCAUCCUGGCUGCCUUCUGCUCCCGUGCGCUCGCCGACGUGUACGAACCCGACGUGGACAAGGUCGUGACGCUGUUCGAGAAGGACGACAACUUAGGCAACUCCACGACCAUAUAUUGGCACCAGGCGCAGCUGGACGAGGACUGGGCCAGCGUCAAUCAGAAGGGCAUCUGGAUCUACUACAGCGAAGCCAACUACAAGGGCGACAACGUGACCGUAGUCUUUGGGGAGGAUUUGUCCAUCAACAUCAGGCAUCAGCUGCGGUCAGUGAGAUACGUCGGGAACAACCGCUUCAACACGCUACCCGCCGUCGUGCUGUACAGCGAGCCUUGGUUUCGAGGCACGGAGUACGUGGUGGAGGUGGGUGACGAGGACGACCUGGUGCUGAUCCCCAACUUCCGCGACAUGGGCACUUCGGCGCAGUCCCUUGUCAUCGUCGGCGCUGACUGGACCUUCUUCCCAAAGCAGAACUUCGGCGGCUCUCGGUGCCUGUGCUUGAGGCCCACUUUCUUCACCAUGACGGAGGACGACGACGGCGAGGACGUAAUGCUAAAAGCGUCCUUCUACCCUGAGUUAUCUGAGGUCGGUCCCGUAGGCAGCGUCAUGAUGUCCUGCAAGACACCCAUGAGGCACCUGUGCCAGAAAUUGCCGGAGGAGACGGUGAGGCGCAGCAGGUGCCCGGUUCUGUCCAACACUGAGCCGAACAUGUGCCAGUAGGCCUCGAGGUCCGCGCCCGCUCGCUCAAAGGAACCGGUACGAAAUGAUCAAAGGACCUUUAAUGGGAGAUCCGGUAGAUUAGGAGUUUCAUUGUCUGUGAGGUGAAUCAGCACUGCAUGUUGAUUCAGGAGUUGAAAGACCGCAUUUAAAACUCGAACGCAGUUGUCCAAUGAAGGUGUGUGUGUUGUUUGCCAGCGUUCUUUGAAGAGUUAACUUGAUAUACAGGAUUAUGAAUUAUGUCACAUCUAAAAUGUAGAUAAGCAUACAGAUAUAUCAUAUGUAAUAGAGUGCUCAACAUAAACUUUGGGAAAAUGGUAACAAAAUAAUGGUAAAAAAAUAUAAUCAAAGCUGUCAGCUGGCUUCAUUUACAGAUUAUCUUAAAAGUAACGAACAAUGUUCUUGCAACAUAUAACACAGUCAGAGUGUAAUUAUAGAAAAUAAUAAAUACAAUUUAAACCAGGUCCUUCUU